UCGAAUUCGAAGAGAAGGUGAAUGUCAACAAUUCCUCGAUCGACACAUUGUUAAAUGUUGUUCAUUUACUUGUUGGAUCAACAUGGUGAGUUUUGAAGAUCAACUACUGAAGCUUGCUUCCUGGUUUGAUGAAUGCUCACAAGAACAGCAGAAUCAAAUUCUGAAGCUGUUAUUUUCAAAGUGCAAGCCUUUACAGAUUCGUAAAGUGUGUGCCGACCUAGAACCACUGCUUGCUGUUGAUGUCACUGCUUGUCUUCCACCAGAAUUAAUUGAUCGUAUAUUCAACUACCUCUCAGUCACAGACCUUUGUGAGGUUGCUAAGUGCAAUGCUAGAUGGAGAGAAUGUGCAAACAGUGAUAUACUAUGGUUCUAUCAAUGUCAGAGAAGAGGAUGGCUUCAUUAUGGUACCAUCCAUGAUUUGUGUCAAGAACGUCCUUUUAGCCCUAACCAGAAGAGUAUUGCCAACACUUCCCCAACAUUCACGUUUGAUUCAAUUAUCAAUGGAGCUGGCAUCACAGGUGGAGGUAGUGGUUCAGAUAAAAAGAGUAGCCUUCAGUCAACAUGUAGAUGGAAAGAGAUCUAUAUGAGGGCUUAUCAUUUAAGUCUGAAUUGGGCCUUAGGAAGAUACAAGGUAUUACCAGCCUUGAGAGGACAUAGAGAGACAGUGACUUGUAUGGAUGCAGAAGGUAUCUUGCUAGUGAGCGGUAGUAGAGAUAGGACUGUAAGAGUAUGGAAUAUAUGUACAUCAGAAUGUAUCAAUGUCAUAGAUGCUCACACUGGUGCCGUUACUUGCCUCAAAAUGAAGAAUGGUUUGAUUGUGACAGGCUGUUCUGAUAGAUUGCUUCGAGUGUUUGAGAUAGGAUCAGGGAAGUGUUUGAAGUCACUUGAAGGUCAUACAGGAUCAGUAGAUCAUGUAUGCUUCCAACAUGACUUUAUCAUCAGUGCAUCAAGUGAUAGAUCAGUGAGAGUAUGGUCCUGGCCUGAUGGUUGCUGUAGACAUGUACUCAGAGGACACAGUGAUGAUAUACAGCAUUUAGAUGUGAACAGAGAGAAAGCUGUAACUACAUCUUGGGACACAACAGUAAGAGUAUGGGACAUCCAUAGAGGAAUAUGUCUACAUGUUCUUCAUGGUCACACUGAAGGUGUGAUGUGUUGUAAGUUUGAUGAUAAGAUCAUUGUAAGUGGCGGAGGAGAAGGUCAUAUUAAGAUAUGGGACACACACGUAGGAGUCUGCACAAAGACACUUGAAGGUCAUUCAGAUGAGGUGUAUUGCCUUGACUAUAACAGCGAUGUGAUUGCAUCAGGUUCUGCAGAUAGUACAGUAAGGUUAUGGAAUUAUGAAGGUAUUUGUUUGAGUGUAAUGAGGGAACACAUAGGAGUUGUUCGUUGCUUGAGAUUGUCUGAAAAUAGACUGGUAACAGGAGGAGAUAGAAAGAAGAUCGUUGUAUGGGACGCGCAGGAUGGAAGACUUCUUAAUGUGGUCCAUAGAAACCCUAGUUUGCUUCAUCUGAUGUGGACAAGUGAUACCAAGAUAAUAAUAGCAUCACCAGAAGCUCCUGGAUCAGUGACUAUCUUUAGCUACUGGUAGAACAGCCAUCGGAAGAUAUCUGAUAAUACUAGUAACGGUAUAUUUACCCAGGGUAGCCACUUCAGUUCCUAAAACUGUUUUUGAUGUGACAUAACUUCUUCCUCUAUUUGAUGGUGGCGGAAACAGUUGAUGGAUUUGUGACCACCCUUUGCUAAAGGAAGACCAUCCUUCAUAGUCUGAUGAUAGAUCAAUCAACAUUCUUCUUUUAUUUCGUGAUGAUGAAGGAAACAGUUCUUGGAACUGUCCACAACUACUGGUAGACUCUUUUUUAUAGGAUGAUGGAGUAAUAAGCAUUAAUAUUUGUCCUUUAUUGGAAUAUGUUUUUUAGAAACUCCUGAUUUUGUGACCAUAAACCGCUCAGAGACCAUAUUACAACAUACCACAUUCUUCCUUUUAUUUGAUGGAGGAAACAGCUCAUUGCUCUUGAACCCUCCUUAGUUACUUGAAGAUCAUUUUUCUUAGGAUAAUAGAGGAAUCAACUUUCUUCUUUUAUUUGAUGAUGAUCAGGUGCUGCGGAAAGGGGGGAUGAACCGAAGGGGGGUCUGACCAUGCAAACAAUCCCAAUCAUAUGGUAAUUUUUACAUUUUUGUACACUGUUUUGGAAAAAGUGCCCCCCCCUUAAGCGGCCCUGAUGAUAACAGCUCUUUGAUAUUAAAGUGACCAACUUGAAUUUUUGAUUGACGACCAUACCACGUUAUUCCUGGCACACCCUUGUAUCACAAUAUACAUGAGUGCAUACCCCCUUCGCAAAAUUAUCAUUCCUGCCAGAUGCAUGCAGAAUACUUUUUGUUUAUACUGUGCUGCCAUUGUUCCUUGUGAAGCUUCUUUGAUAUGUGUGCUGUGUUUAACACUAUGUAUAUGACAGACAAUAUAUUUUUGCAUGUUCCAUGAAGAUGGUAUAGAUUCACACUCCAUCCAUAGUUUAAAAAAAACACUAUAAGUUUAUUUGGAUAAAGAGAAGAAUCAGAUGGGGAAAAUACUAAAAAAUAUUAACAAAUCUAAAUGUAAAAUAGGAAGUUAUGACAUUUUAACGUUUCACUUAAUUUCACAAAUGGCAAUACCCGCUCUUUCUUUGUAUAAAAUAUAAAUGGAAUAUCAUAACUUUCUCGUUAUAAUGUGAAACUAAAUUUGAUUUCUCCCUGGCAUUGUGAAAAAGCCAUCAUUGUAACCUAUCCUGAAUCGAUUUAGAGUUUUUGUCAUAAUCAACAAAAAAAUGAAAUAUUAAAAUGCCAAAGUAAUUGUGAGUUAAUGACAUCAUUGACUCUCAUUAAAUAUCACAUUUCGUGUAUAAAACUGAAAAUAUAAGUGAGAAAAAAUAUACAAAAUUUUUGAAUGUCAUGACAUUAUUUACAUCUAAUAUUGUUGAAAUUUCAGUAUUAUGCAUAUUUGACUUCAUUAUCUGAAAUCAACUUUUUGUUGGGGUGGACUUGAUGGAAAUUGUGCUUUUUGAAUAAAAUGUAAUUUUUCAUUUCUGAGCAUUUGGGAUUUAAUUUUCAAGAAGGCAAUAAUGGCAUUUUAUACACAGGAGAUAUAAAAUAUCAGAGAAAAUUCAUUCUUAAAAGAAUAAAUAUUGGAGCAUGCCAUUUAACUUUUUUUCAUACAGUGAAUUGUUUAGUUAUAUACCAUAGAAAGUUUUGCUUUGUAUUCAAAUGUCUUGAAUGUCUAGUUUCAUGAUACAUGUACAUGCUGAAACUAAUGUGAGUUGUUAUUUUAUUGUAUAUUUUGCUAAAUUCUUGUCUUUUUUAACCAAUUCCAUCCAUUUUGUAAAAUUCAGUAACUACAAGUCUUCAAACUUCAUUUUGUAUUAUUUGCUGCCUUUUAAUAAAAAGAUUUUUAUUCUACUU